AGCGGUGGGCGGGCCUUCGGGCGGGGGCGGCGGAGUGAGGCGGCGGCGCUGGGCUCGCUCGGCCCCUUUCGGAGCCGGCGCCUCGCGGAGGGAGCAUCGCGGAGCCGCCGCCCCCAGCCCGCACCGCCCCGCGCCGCCGCCAUGUCCAAGGCCGAGUCUCCAAAGGAGCCCGAGCAGCUCCGGAAGCUCUUCAUUGGCGGCCUCAGCUUCGAAACCACAGACGAGAGCCUGCGCAGCCACUUCGAGCAAUGGGGCACCCUGACCGACUGCGUGGUGAUGAGGGACCCGAACACGAAGCGCUCCCGCGGCUUCGGCUUCGUCACGUACUCCUCGGUGGAGGAGGUGGAUGCAGCCAUGAACGCCCGGCCCCACAAAGUGGAUGGCAGAGUCGUUGAACCAAAGAGAGCCGUGUCCAGAGAGGACUCCCAGCGGCCCGGCGCCCACCUCACCGUCAAGAAGAUCUUUGUGGGGGGCAUCAAGGAGGACACGGAGGAGCAUCACCUCCGCGAUUACUUCGGGCAGUACGGCAAGAUCGAGGUCAUCGAGAUCAUGACCGACCGCGGCAGCGGCAAGAAGCGCGGCUUCGCCUUCGUCACCUUCGACGACCACGACUCCGUGGACAAGAUCGUCAUCCAGAAAUACCACACUGUGAACGGGCACAACUGCGAGGUGAGGAAAGCCCUGUCCAAGCAGGAGAUGGCCAGCGCCUCGGCCAGCCAGCGAGGCUGUCCCCUGCCUCCUCCUCCUCCUCUUCCUCCUCCUCCUCCUCCUCCUCUCUUAGGCCGCAGCGGCUCCGGUAACUUCGGUGGGGGCCGCGGUGGCGGCGGCGGCGGCGGCUUCGGUGGCAACGACAACUUCAACCGUGGAGGCAACUUCGGGGGCCGUGGUGAGUGAGAUGGGGACCCCCCUCCCCUCCCCCGUUCAUCC